CGGCAAUUCGGCAAUGUGUUGGUACCGGCUAUAUGCAAAGCCGAAACUUUUCAGCGCUUCCUGCUUCUUGAUAAUGUGGGGAAGAUGAGUGUCUUUCUCAUCUUUUCUGUGUUUCCCAUCUUUCUCUUGCAGCCAUGUAUGUGCAGUCGUCCUUCCCGGAACCUCCACCGCUCACGGACACCAACGCCUACAACGUCUUGCUGAAUCGACCUGAUCAACGGGAGUGGAAGGACUACACUCUUCACAUUGAUGUCGUUACCGGCAGGAGGCGCUCAUUUUAUGAAUUUAAAGAAAGGGUGCACGACGCGGCAGCUGCCCUAGGGGGACUGGUAUCGGACGGCUGCUUGGGUAUCAGUGCUGAAAACGAUGAAAUGGUGGGAAUCAUAAGUGAGAAUUCUUCGGAUUAUGUUGUACUGGUACAAUCGCUGUUGUACCUGGCGACUCCGUUCGCCCUGAUAUCCUCAUAUUCCACUGCCUUCGAGCUCGUGCAUGCAUUAAAGCUGGCUAAAGUAACUACCAUUUUCGUUCAGGCGCGGCUGUUUCCUUUAGUCUUGUCCCAAGCAAAAGAGGCAGGAUUGUCAAGGAAGAGGAUAUUUAUUCUGGGUGGACGUGUCAGGGGCCGCAAGUCCUUUUCCGAUAUGAUAUCUCAUGUCAAGGUCAAUAUACCAAUUUACGAGAACAAGAUUCGUUCUGCACGAAAGGACACACUGGCGUAUCUUGUUUUCUCUAGUGGCACCAGUGGCCUACCUAAGGCUGUAAUGAUCACCCACGGAAACUUGAUCUAUUCUAUUUAUCAGUCCUUCGUGAUGGGUAAGGCAACGGUUCCGGUAUCGUCUCUUCUUGCUACACCGGAAGGCAUACCAAUAACACUUGCGUUCCUUCCUAUGCACCAUAGCUUUGGUCUGCACGCAUACUGCUUCCGGUCCUUUAUAGUCCCCCACACCUAUGUUAUAUUUCCAAAGUGGAAUCUUGCAGCCGCUAUGAAAGCUAUACCCAAAUAUCACAUCACGAACAUCGCACUUGUUCCUUCGGUUGUACAUCAAAUAGCAAAUCAUCCCAGGCUCAAUAAACAAGUUUUUAAGAGCGUGAAAUCUAUUGGUUGUGGGGCCGCUUAUCUACCCAAAGACCUAGCCGACAAAUUUUUAACUAUUCUUCCGCCUGACGUCGAGCUCACCGAAGGCUAUGGAAUGUCUGAAGCUACGAUUGCCGCACUCACAAAGCCAGGCUCGGGUUCUUUGGGCGGUCGCCUGAAACGAAUCAAAGGAAGCACAGGCGUUCUGCUACCUGGUGUCGAAGCCCGGCUUUUGCGUGAUGAUGGCACAGAAGCAGACUUCGAUGAAGUUGGAGAGUUAUAUAUUAAGAGCCAUAAUGUUUCUCCAGGUUACUGGAAUGACGAGAAGGCGACCCGGGAAGCGUUUGAUGAUGGUUGGCUAAGGACUGGUGACAAAUUCACCGUCGACAAAGAUGGAUAUUUCUUCUUCGCAGAUAGAGCGAAGGACACUCUCAAAGUUUCAGGAUCCCAGGUUGCACCUGUCGAGAUAGAGGAUGUCCUUUUGGCGCAUCCGGAGGGACUGAUAUCGGAUGCUACCGUAGCCGGGGUAAGCGGGGGACGGACGUCAGAUGAAAAGGUCCCUCGGGCCUGGGUAGUGCUGAGCCCAGCUGGUAAGAAGAAGGGCAAUGCAGAAGUUAUCAAGGCACUCGAGUCCUGGCAUCAAGGGAGUUUGAGCAAAUACAAGUGGCUUCGAGGCGGUAUUGAGAUUGUGAAGGAGAUUCCGAAAUCACCCACCGGAAAGACUCUGCGCCGUAUUCUGGUUAAUAAGUAUGAGAAACGGAUUGCUAAGCGGUUGAAAAGCAAACUUUGAAUUCUCUGCUCCGGGGCUCGGAAAGAGUCGUUUUGUGCAUUUGAGCAUGGAUAUCCGAACUUGAGUGUGCAUGGCCAUUACGGGCCACUGCGUGGGCAAAUAAGGCUGAAUGAAAUCAUGAAUCAUUGUCUUC